AUGUUUCAGGUCACCCCAACCACUGAACGCAUCGAUAUGGAGCGUCUGAAGCGUCGUGACGCCAUCGCCUUCUCGUCAAGUGUCAUCUUGUUCGAGGAUGAGCUUGCCGACCAUGGAAUUGCUCAGCUCUCGGCUCGUUGUCGUGUCAUGCGCGAGGGAUACUUCUUCGUGUUGCUUCGGUUCUACAUGAGAGUCGAUGGAGUGCUUUUGAGAUGCUGUGACACCCGGAUCGUUGGCGACGACAACUCGGGCAAAGUGAUUCGUGAAUGGCAACUGCGCGAGGCGAAUACGAGAAUCUUCGUCACGUGGACCCAGAAGCCCUGCUCGACGUCGACAGGGCAUGGAUGCAUUUGCCGAUUGUUGAGGAGCAAAUUGAUUCUUUUUUAUUGUCAAGAAUUGCAUUUUUUGCUCUUGUUUCCCUUAUAUUAUAUUGUGAUCUCUAUUCCAUUUUUUUUUCUGAAUUUCCAUGUUAUUUAUGAAUUAUUAUUGCUAAUUUGUUGCUUGGAAACAUCUGAAAAUCUCAAAAAAAAUCAAAUGCUGAAAAUUUGA